UUUCUCUCCUGCGCAGCUGCUGGGAUUGGCCGGGGGCCAGGGUGAUUCAUCUGUAGAGAAGGAAUUGACCGCUUAGUUAUCAGUUCCUGUCAGUCGGGCGCGCAGGGUCCGCCAUGUUUGUAGACGCCUCGCUGGGAGGAAGCAGCCUCGUGCUUUCCUCCCAUUCCUCGUCACUUCCCCCCAAGGCUCCCCUUAGAGUCCUCCCGGACUCAUCAGAGCGCGCUGCCGGGGGCAGACAAGCGCUGAAACGGCUGCGCGUCCGCAGCGGAACCACGUCCGCGCGCGCGCAACCAUUCCCCGCAUUGUUCCCCGCGUCCGCGUCCUCUCAUGCGCCGAGCAGAGCGACAAGCACCCGCGCCGCGCCCGCCACCGGCGCGUCCUGGAUCCGCGACGUCUCGAACUUCGCCGUGAGCCGCUCCAGCCGAUUAACUCCGGAUCGCCCCGCGUCUGACCUCCGAACGAGCGUCUGGCGUGGGGAAGGCGGCGGCAGCAGCAGCAGCAGCGGGAGCGGAAGCGGGAAAUUCAACCCGCGAGACGACGAUCUAGUUGAGCUUCCGUUAUUCCCGCUGCCGCUGGUGCUCUUCCCGGGGACCGCGCUCCCCCUGCAGAUCUUUGAAUUCCGCUACCGCAUCAUGAUGCAGACGCUGCUGCAGACCGACAUGCGCUUCGGUAUAAUCUACACCGGCAAGGACGCCGCCACUGCCGCCGCCGUCGGCUGCGUCGGGCAGGUGAUCCGCCACGAGAGACUUCCUGACAACCGCUUCUUCCUCAUCUGCCGCGGUGAAGAGCGAUUCCGCGUGGUGGACAUCGUCCGCAGCCGGCCGUAUCUAGUCGGCCGCGUGCGGUGGCUGGAAGACAAGCCGUCAGAGCAGCCGGUGGACAUCGACUCGCUCGCGAACGAGGUCGCUGACAUCAUGCAUGACGUCAUCCGGAUGUCGAACAAGAUGCGUGGAAGCGACGAGGAAGUUCCGGAUCUGCGCAAGUCGUCCUUCCCCACUCCCUUCUCCUUCUGGGUAGCGUCUACGUUCGAGGGCGCGCCGGCGGAGCAGCAGGUGCUCUUGGAGUUAGAGGACACGGCGGAGCGGCUCCAGCGCGAGAAGGAGACGCUUAGAAGCACGCUUAAUUAUCUUACUGCGGCGUCCGCUGUCAAGGACGUGUUCUCGUCGCCGUCCGAUAAGUGAGGGGCUGGUGGGAGGGAGGGGAGCGGGCGACACGUGGCGGCAUACCUGUUUCUCCCGUUCUGUUGUCCUUCGCCCGUGACCUUCACUCGCUCCAUCAGUCUGGACGUCUUUCGCCUGCAUCUUGCACCAAGCCAAUCCUAACACAAAGCAUUCCCGGCCAGAGGCGUCUCUAUCUACUCACUCGCGCCUGUAGUACACUCGCAGGCCUAGACUUGGGUUGGGUUGGGUCGCUCGCAGCUCUAUCCCAGUCUGUAUACAAUCACGGAUACCUAGAGGCUAAUACCGAGACACAAGCUCAUCCGAGACCGAGCCCUUGGUGCUCACCUCUCACUCAGGUCUUGCGCGCUGGUUCUCUCUUGUGUUGCUGCAUGGAGACGUGCUCCCUAUCAAAGUGAGAACUGAAUGAUAAGUAGAGAGAGAGUACAGGUGAAUAUACACAAGUGUUGUAC